GCGAUGUACCCCAGACUCGGCCCCCGGCUUUAUUACCCCGCCCGGCAAGCAAGCUACACGAACACAUAAAACGGCAUAAUAAACAAAUUGCGCUUGUCGAUCGAGGGGACCCGGCGCCAACAGGGUGCGUCUUUAAAGCGCUUCACGCGAACAGCCCCUGAGGAGAGAAAUGACUCCUCAUUUUUCCAGGGGUGGCGCGGCUGUCACAGAAGCUGUCAACGUCUCGCGAGACGAAACAUCAACAAGCAUCCCUGAUUGACGCGAUCGACGAGCUAUGCGCUUCUUCUCUUUCUUUUUGAUAUGUAGCACUGCUCUGCUUCUCUCAGUCCAACCAGCAGGAGCAUCCCUUUUAGAUAUUAUUUCUCCCAACUGCAUUAGGCUUCUUACGACGAUCAACGGCCGCACAGACACGCUAUUCUCCGCAUACCAGAAGGAGAUCUGUUCGAAAGGAUGUACGCCCUCCGUAUCCGAUUGGGAUGAAUGGACCUACGAAAACGUCUUCCUCCCCACCGUCGAGGCUCUCGUCGUGCAGACAGGCAUGACGUCCACAGUACGCGACAGGUUCCUUGAGAUGGGCAACGACGUCGCGACCAUGGUGAAGAGGGACUGUCGACAGCUGCUACAAGGGAAGCACUUUUGCGCAGAACCAGAAGCGUUGCAAGACUGGGGGAAGUGCUUCAAGACGCGUUUCGUUACGGUCGCCAUCAAGAAAGGGGUCAAACUCUUACCCUUCAUUACGAACGCGGAGAUCUGUCGGAGGGAGUUGCUCUUUUUCGACAGGGAUGAGUUGUGGCAUGUUAUCUUGCCGGGUUAUAUGCGACUGUAUGCGGCAACGUGUCCCAAGGACGAAUUGUAGUUGAUACCAAAUCUUCUUGUGGUAUAUCCCACGAAGCAAAUGGAAUGACAUACUCUUCUUCCUUUGGCGCCGAGCUGAGAUUGAUACGGACGGGAGGAUAGUGACGCUCCCCUCCUGAUGCGGUUGUGCGUUCCGUGAACUCGAUUUUUGGCGCGAUCAUACAGGAGACAGAUGAUCUCGAUCCUGGAUAACUUCACAAGCGGACCCGAUUUAUGUCAGCAAUGAUAUUGCGCAGCUGACUUUGGCG